AUGGGAAAUUCAACAGAUAUCGAAUUAUAUCUGAUACCUCCAGAAAAUGGUGAAUUUUAUAGUGGGAAUGAAAAUAUAUCAGGAACAUUGAAACUUAAAUUGACUAGAGCACUGCCUAUUAAAAAAAUUUCGGUCCAUUUAAAGGGUAUAACAGAAACUCAAACUAAAUUUAAUACAGAUUACAUGAUAUCCCAAAAUGGAAUGUUAACACCUGUACAAGAUAAUAAAUCGUACCAUAGAUUAUUGGAUUUAGAGAAGAGAAUGUUCCCCCCAGAUAAUGUCUGGGAUGCUUUAGAAGGUUCAUUAAAACCGUUCAAGAUACAUCCAGGAGAGUAUGUUUAUGAAUUUUCGUUUCCGACAUUAAGAGGUUUGAGACCUAGGUGCUUGAAACAUCAUACAAGAGAUAUGAUAUGUUUUUUGAAAAAGAGAGACAUUAGAUUACCACCUUCAUUCAAUCUAAAAUGGAAAGAACUAAUUAAAAUUGAUAAUUUAGAUUUAUUUUUUUAUUCAUUUGGUAAAAUAUUUUAUUUUGUGGAAGUGAAUAUUGAAAUGGGUAAACCUAAAAUAUGGUUUAAACCAUUCGAUAAAAUAUUAAGGGAAACAAAAUCUAUUGAGUAUAUUCCGACAAUAAGAGAUAUUACAUAUCCAGAUAAUGACACUGAAAAGGGGAAUAAUGAUAGUAAUAGUGGUAAUAAUAAUAACAAUCAAAAUCCAAUUUCUAAAGCCAGCUAUGCAAUAGGGAAUUCAUCAUCACUUGAGAGUAACGUUUUAAACUUUUCCAAUAAUACAGACACUUCUGGGUCGUCAUUAAAUAAACAAUUUACUAAUGUUGAUAGAUCUACUACUUCACAUAAUAUAAAUAGAAGCAAUACCACUAUUAAUACUGGUGAGAUGGUGAAUAUAAACAGUAAGAAAUAUAAACUUUAUCAAUCAACAUAUAAAUUGAAUUUAUUUCAAGAUGAACAAGAAAUAAAUAAUAUUAGUACAUCCAUAGAGAAUUCAAUGUGGGUAGAGGUUCGCAGUAAAAAUGAUGGGUUUAAACAAAUAUUUAGAAAUGAUCCUCUAUUUAGAAGAAACAGUAAUAGAUUUGAUCAUAUUUUUUUGACCUGCAAAGGGAAUUUGUCAAUUAUUAAAAAACUAUUAAUCAAACCAAUUCGUGUUCAAUUAAACUUGAUUGAAAAUGCGACUUAUUUAUCCAAGGGGGUAGCAAAUGAAAAUAUUUCAUCAUUAAGAUUGGUAGACUCAAAUUUAGAAGAACCUUUGAUAUCAGGUAUUUUUAAUAUUAAAGACUUAAAACCAAGAAUCAGUUCAAAUAAACUAGGUACAAUUGAUGAGAAUAAAUAUAUCGGUAAAUCAGAUUGUGAAAUUAAACUAAGGGAACACCCACAAUUGCGUAGAUUAUUAUUUAACGAAGAAGAUUAUAAGCAUCGUGGUAAUAGACUUUAUAGUUUUAAGACAUGUACAAUACGACGAACUUUCUACUUGGAAUUGUUGAUUGAUUGGAGUAUCAAGGGGACAAUUAAACAAACAGAAGUUAGGAUAAAUCCUGUUCAAAUAUAUUGUCAAACAAGGAGUAGUAUUAGAAGUGGUGCUAAUUUUGGUACAGCAUCGCUGAACAGACAUGAAGUAGAUUUCUUGCCUAGAUAUAUUGAACCACCAGUGUAUAACGAAUUUCCAGAUAAUCUGGUGAUAUGUGGGAAUGCCCCAAAUAAACUCGAUAAUGGUAAUGAAAAUGCAAAAAAAGAUGUAUCUGGAUAA